UGUAGCUCAGGGAAAGGCAGGGCUUUUUCCCCCCUCCGUCUCUCGCUGGGGCCGGUGCGGUCGUCCUUGCUGCCGCCGCCGCUUCCACAACGCGCCCUGCCCGGGGUUUGGCGCUGCGGAGCUUGCCUCUCCCCCCCCUUUUCCCCCCUCCCCAGCCCUGCCCUACCCCACCCCCGCCCGGCCCGGCUCGCUCCCCCAAAUGAGCGGCGGUUCGCCCGCUGGAUCUAACGCAAGGACAUCGCCCAGCAGCAGCAGCGGCGGCGGCGGAGGAGGAGGAGGAGGCGGCGAAGGCUCGGCCGCCGCCUCGUCAGCCCAGCCUUCCGGAGCCGUGUGCCCGGUGUUCUCGCACCUGUCCCCGGAGGACCCCCUGCGCCAGGCCAACCGGCUUCCCAUCAGGAUCCUGAAGAUGCUGAGCGCCCACAGCGGUCACCUCCUGCACCCGGAAUAUCUGCAGCCGCUCUCCUCCACGCCCGUCAGCCCCAUCGAGCUGGACGCCAAGAAGAGCCCCCUGGCGCUGCUGGCGCAAACCUGCUCGCAGAUCGGGAAGCCGGAUCCGCCGCCCGCUUCCAAACUCAACUCCGGCACGGCCGCCGGGCUCUCUGGGCCGGACAAGGAGUCGAGCGGUCGCGCCGCCAGUGCCGGAGGCGGCAGCGCCCUCAAGCAACUGGGCGACGCGCCCGCCGAGGACAAGUCGAGCUUCAAGCCGUAUUCCAAAGGCGGAGGCGGCGGCGGCGGCGGCGGCGAUCCGCGGAAGGACGGCGGCGUCCCGCCGAACCAGGCCGGCCCGGGCGCGGAGAAGAACGGCUUCCGAGUUCCCAGCGCCGCCUGCCCUCCUUUCCCCCCGCUGGCCGCCUCUUCCUCUUCCACCUCCUCCUCCUCUCCGGGCGGCUCGAGGGGCAAUUCCCCGCAGCACUCGGACUGCAGAGGCCUGGACGAGAAGAAGGAGUCGGAGGUCGCGGCCAAAGCCAGUCCAGACGGCGCGACAGGAGCCGGAGGCAGCCGGGCGCGCGCCGGCAGCGUGGAACCCGGGACGCAAAGCGAGGCGGCUUCGGGGCGCAAGUCCGAACCUCCGGCCUUGGCGUCGGCGGGCCACGUGGCGCCGGUGUCUCCUUACAAGCCGGGUCAUUCGGUGUUUCCUUUGCCCCCCUCCGGCAUCGGCUACCACGGCUCCAUCGUGGGGGCGUACGCGGGGUAUCCUUCCCAGUUCGUCCCCGGCUUGGAUCCUACCAAGCCCAGCCUGGUGAGCGGCGGCCAACUGCCGGGGGCCUUGGGGCUCCCGGGGAAGCCCCCCAGCUCCAGCCCGCUGACGGGGGCCUCCCCGCCUUCCUUCAUGCAGGGAUUAUGCCGAGACCCCUAUUGCCUGAGCUACCACACCGCCUCCCACCUGGGCACCAGCAACUGCUCCAGCUGCGUCCACGACCCGGGCAGCCUGAAAAGUGGAUAUCCCCUGGUGUAUCCCACCCACCCGCUCCACAGCGCCCUCUCCUCCAGCGCCACGCCCAGCCUGUCCGGCCAUUCGCUCUACACCUACGGCUUCAUGCUGCAGAACGACGCCCUGCCCCACAUAUGCAACUGGGUGUCUGCUGGGGGACCUUGCGACAAGAGGUUUGCCACCUCCGAGGAACUGCUGGCCCAUUUAAGGACCCACACGACUCUGCCGGGGGCGGAAAAACUUUUGGCUGGUUAUCCUACCUCGGGGCUGGGCUCCGCUGCGUCCUGCCACCUCCACCUCCCGCCUGCCGCUCCGGGGAGUCCCAGCUCCUUACCCGGAUCUCUGUCGUUGAGAAGCCCGCAGACUUUGGGACUAAACCGCUAUCAUCCCUACGGCAAAAGCCAUUUGCCGACGGCUGGGACCUUGCCGGUCCCUUCCUUGCCUGCAGCCGGACCCUACUACUCCCCCUAUGCCCUUUAUGGCCAAAGACUGACCUCAGCCUCUGCACUUGGAUAUCAGUAACUCCAGCAGCCCUGCCCUCUCUUGCGACCUCGCCUCCGGAGUGUGUAUUUAUUUCCUGUAUGUUAGCUUAAAGCUGGGAAAAUAAGUGCAUUAAUACACCAAUGAAUCAAUGGUAUGCAAAACGUCUGUGUCCCCCCAUUUUCCAAAAUCUGACCCACUUUUAUCUUUUUUUUUUAAAGCAAAAUGUUUUGUCCAUGUGGGGGGAGGAAGCUUACUGUAUUUUCUUUUUUCCCCCUUUAAAUAUUAUUUUUUAAAUGAAAACUUUGCCCUGGUCCCCAGGAAUGCCUGGCAUGAUGUUCAGCGAAAUGCUUUUCUUCCUUCUCCCUCCUUUCUCUACCAUACCCCCUUAUUUUAGUUUGGUUCUAUUCUUGGUUUCGGUUUCUUUGGCUUUUGUAUAGUAACUGGAAAUUAUUGUUGUUGUUUUUUGUCUUGAGAAAGAAAGAAAGAAAGAAAAGAAAGAAAGAAAGAAAGAAAGAAAGAAAGAAAGAAAGAAAGAAAGAAAGACAAAUGGGGAGGUCAGGUUGGCUGGGAAAUUAUUUGGUGGCUUUGUUUUAACUGUGGAAGCAGAAGGCGGGAUGAUCGGACUCACCUUGGGACUGGGAAGCGGCUGGCACUGGGCUGGCGGUGCCGAGAGCUUGGUGGUUCUACAUAGAACCCAUCGUCCUGUCUCCACUGCAGAAACUAAAUCACCUGUGCUCUCAGAGUAAGUGGAUGGAUGCCCUAAAUAAAAAGGAGAGCAUCCAACCACUGGAAUUUUUUGGGUGAAGCUGAAGCCCCCUCCCAUAAAAGAAGGGGCAUGCAAGCCUUCCACCAUCUUUCACACUUAUUUUAUUUUAUUUUGCUUUGGCUUCUUUUUUGUUCUCUCCCCUCCCUUCACCCCCCCACCCCGCUUUUUCUCUCUUCAAAAGACCUGAAUUUUAAGGAAAUUAGCAAGCAUCCUUGAGGGACUGGAAGAGAACAAUCUUCUUAUACGCCAAAUGAGGAACUCGGAGAACUUUUGCUCAGUCUGGUUUCGAGCUGGAUCCUCAAGUCCAGCUAGUAGCCCUUGGGGGCCUCUUUAUCUUUCUCUGUAGACUCAAAUCUACGUACCAAAAAACCCCAACCAACAAAAAAAAAAUCACUCCCCUUUCUUCCCUAAUGACCCUAUCGCCCACUUUCUCUUGACCUGUGGGAAUGGAACAGCUGUUAAGGUGCGGAACUCCUCCCCAAAUUGCAGAACUAAGCAGCACGGAAGGCUGCAGAUCUUUUGGGGUGAAUAGAACUCCCUCCUGGUAAGUCUUAUUUUGUUAAUAAAUGAAUACUUGCUAUAUCUAC